CUUAUGGAAAGUUCUUUUUUAAUGAAAUUAAAGCCAUAACAAUGAAAGUCCAAGUAAUGUUUCCUAUUAGUUAUAAAUGUGGUGUUUCUUAAGCAAGAAUAUAAUAGCUUGGUAAUGUUAAGUAAUUUACAUUACCACUAGAGGGGGCAAUUAUCAUUAGAGAGGGGAAGGGAGGGAGAAAGACAUCAAUGUGUGGUUGCCUCUCAUGUACCCUUUACUGGGGACUUGGCCCAUAACCCAGACAAGGGCCCAGAUUGGAAAUUGAACCUGUGAUCACGCCUUUGGUUCACAGGCUGGCCUCAAUCCAGUGAGGCACACCAGCCAGGGCUGGUCAUCUUUAAUCAUGAAAGAGAAACCACUGACAUUGUUUUUCUAUCAUGCUAAGUUAGAAAGGAGGAAAAACAAGGAAAGGUGAAAGUUUGAUCACAUGGAUGGCAUCCUUAAGAAAGUUACACCACAUUCAGGUUUCCACUUAAGAAAUGGGAAUAGAAGUUAAACUUUAUGAGUUCACUCACUUAGGGAAUGUGCUUUGUAGUUUCAGUGCUUUGUAGCACUUAAGUGAAUGUGGUUUGUAGCAUAUUUAGAGUGCCAAAUGGUACUUUAAGCCAACUGUAGUAUGCUGACACUUUGAGGGGAGAUAUAUACACAUAGAUUUAAACAUGUGCAUAUAGUAAGAGCAGACACACGCCUCCAUCAUUUUCCUUGUUACUAGAGGAAAAGGAAAAAGACAACUACCUUCUAAUGGUGAAUAGGCAGCAAAUAUGAGAACCUAGAGGAAAAUAGAUAAAUAAUAUAUAAAUCUUUCCUGUUCCUCAGCAGAAACUAUUCUUUACAAGACUAUGCCAAUGGCCAUAUCACUGCUGAUAUGCAAAGGGUAUCUUUGCACCCUUUUCAAGAAGGUAUCUGAGAGCCCUGGCUGGUGUGGUUCAGUGGAUUGAGCAUCAGCCUGUGAACCAAUGGGUCACUGGUUUGAUUUCUAGCCAGGACACAUGCCUGAGUUGCAGGCCAGGUCCCUGAUUGGGGGGUGUGAGGCAACCAGUCAAUGUCCCUCACACAUUAACGUUUCUCUCCCUCCCUCCCCAUCUCUCUAAAAAUAAAAUCUUAAAAGAUCCAUCCAAGAUAUCUGGGAUGAUGAUCUGCUUGCUUGUGUAAUUAUUAUUCAAAUUAAUUAAUUAGACUAUCUGCUUUGGAAAUAAAGAGGGAGUAGUAAUAAUUACAAAGGUUUACUCUUUUGUUUUAAAGGUACUCUCAUAUAUAUUACCUUUUCUGAUGUUCACAAUAACCAGAGAUAGGACAUAUCCAAGGAUACCACCAUUUCACAGGAAAAGACCACCAAUAUUCUGUUUUAGUUGUGGAGCGUCUUGAUCAGUCUGGUGUGAAGAAUACCAGGGGCCUGGAGGAGCACCCAGCAAGCCGGAAGAAGAUGUUAAAAACUUUAAACAACCAUCAGAGUAAUAACAAUAAUGGAUCUCUGUCAGAAAAAUGAAACUGAGAUAGAAAAUAGAGAAAAUAAUGAAAUUCAAAGCACAGAAGAAGCUGAAUUAACCUAUACUUGUCCAGAUGGAAGAAGGGAAAGGAAUCAUGUUUGUUGUCUUCUCAAUAUCAGUGCCAUUACACUUGAACAAGAUGAAAAAGCCCGCAAGUUUGUUAUUGGAACUGGAUGGGAAGAAGCAGUUCAAGGCUGGGGAAGGGUUUCUCCAACUGCCUGUAUCUGGCCCAGGAAGAAGCUUAAAAAGCCGAAGGUGGGAGAAAGUGCCAGCAGCUGCUUACUCUGUGUCAGUCUCUCCCAAGGGAUCCCUGAGACCAAGCCUCAGUCAGAGGCCGGGAAGUUGGAGUGUGGGACUCCGUCUGAGGCAGACCCAGAGAGGGAUCAAGGCAGCCCCUCCCAGACUCAGAGCCAGGAGCUCAAAGACCCCACCACUGCCUCCAGGGAGAGUGGCAAGAUGUGUUUUCCCUCCUGCAAUCAGGGAGAGAAAAAAAAUCUGCAAAUAAAAGAGUUUAUUUGGUGCAUGGAAAAGUGGGCCACACCAGAGACUAUUAGGGCCAAGGGCCCCAGCGGAGGUGCCGACCAGGGUCAUUCUAUCUCAGACUCAUGGACUUCCAAGGCCCUUUUAAUUCUGCCUCCUCUGAAGGCUUCAGCCCCAACUGGCUUGGGUGUUCUGGGUAAGAAGAGUAAGAACUUUCUCUUGCAACCAGAAGAGAAGGUGCUGCGUGUAGAAAAGGAUGAGUGUGUGGCUUGUGCAUGUGAAUUGAAAACAGUUGGCAGGAAUAAUGGAAAGAGACCCGUUGAGCUGGCCAAGCACCUUAAGGUCAACUGCAGGCAGCCUUUUCCUCCCCCAGUGGUCAGGACAUCCCUAGUGGCCAAUCUGGAGAGGGGCUGCCUGCACUGGUCUAUCCUGCCUGAGAAAAACCUGCUGUGCCCUCCCCAUUGCAACAAUGUUCGCUAUCUCACCACCAUGCAGCUUUUGCAGAGACAGGGAGUGCAAAACUACAAAGCCAGAUUCAAAGCUAGGGAGCCGAGACCUCCCAUGAACACUCAAAAGUGCAUUCCCAAGGAGGCCAAGCAGGAAUACAGGCACCAAACACUGGAGACCAAUGUGUUCCCAACACCUCUCUUACCAUCUCUCACAGUGAGCAGAGUUGUUAUUCCUGUAUCCACUCACAGAUUCCUCUGAAUUGCCACGAUAUAAUUCCCUGGGCAUUCAUCCCAUUCAUCCUCUCUUUCUCUUCUGCCCCUACUCCAUUCUCUUUUCUUCCUUUCCCUCAUCUCCCCUCCCCUCCUCUUCCCUUUUCUCAUUCCUUCCCCCCGCCUUCUUUCCUCCCCAUCUUUGUCCUUUUUUGCAGUAGUAGAACCAGAGGAAAUAAACUCAUUGUAUGGGUUUUGCUUUAUUCUCAAAACACCCAUACUUAUGUGUUACCUGCUUCAGUUGCUCAGUCAUUUACAAAAUGCAAAGUGGUAAUGCCAGUCUCAGUCUCUGCCCACCUUACAGCUCCUCUCCCACUGGAAGCCAAGUGGAUGGUGGGGAGUUUGAAAAAGGGCCUCUCUCAGUGAUGCCCCUGUGCACCCUUGAGCCCACUGGAAAGGGUUCUGCCCUAUCCCAGUGCCUUAAGUGUACUGGGCUUGUCUGGAUGAAGUUAUUUCCUGAUAAAUCAGGCAGAUAUCUGUAUGUUGCUUCAUUUUCUCUUGCAACAAAGAUCUGAGAUGUUGCUUGAGUAGAAAACUCCAGUCUGUGUCUAAAUGGCUAUCCGUGCAUUCCAGAUGACAUAUCCUUAUGUUAUAUCCAUGGGUACACCACAGCCAUUGGUGCUAUGUGUGCAAAGUGACAUAAAUCCAUGGGUUUACCAUACUUAUUGUAUCCUUUGUAUCCAAAGUGACAUGUCCUUGUAUUGUAGCCUCAUGCUAAUCUCUGUGUCUGAGAAGUUUUAGCCACAGUUCCACAAAAUCCAUCUCGGGAAGGAGCUUAAGAAUAGUUAUUUGAAAAAAGAUCACUGUGAUUAUUGUCACCCCACGUACUAUCUUUACCCUUACUUUGCAUCUAAUAUUUGGAACUUGACAGCCCCAGAUAGACACUUAGAAUGUGGUGGUUACUUUCUCCCUUCUCCCCCUUCAUUUUACUCCAAUGCAUGUUUCCUGGAGUUGUAUAUAAAUUAAACCUUGUUUGUAAAUGAGUUAUAUGUUAAAUGGCAAGCGAGCAGAGAAAUGCUCUGAAAAAAAACUUUGCAAUAUGAAUAACUAACUGCUCUGUAAUUACUGUUCGAAUUUGCUUAAGGUAGGUUGUUCUUGAAAUCUGAACUUUCCAUCCCAUAAAUGAUGACUGUUUAUAAACA